AAAACAGUCCUGAUACUGAAGCACAGCGCUGGGGAACGCGUGAAACCACUCGAACUGUCUAUCCGGGUCUGGCUAUUGUUCGGAGAUGUAGAUAAUACUGGCGGCAUCGGUCACCGCAGCAGCUACCCGAAUGUCGGCUCCGUCGCACGGAAGUAUUAGCAGCAGCAGCAGCAGCCAGUAGCCCGAUUAUAUUAACACAGACAAAAGACGCGAUGGAGGACGUCGUCGAGAUCACUGCUGGCUUGGAAAAUGCCUGCCGCCUCUGCCUGACCACCGAGCAAACGAGGUCUUCGAUAUUUGGCGUGCCGCACGUCUCCGUGCCCUUCGCUGAGAAAAUACGCGCUUGUCUGUCUAUACAGGUUUCUUCUAAUGACAAAUUGCCGACACUAGUAUGCAAUACUUGCAUCAAAAAUAUCAACCACUGGCACUCGUACAAGGAUACCUGUCUGCGCUCCCAGGAAAAACUCCAACAAUGGCUGAUGUCAAAGCAGAACACGACAGCUGUGCCAACGGUGACCAUAAAAGAAGAGCCAAUGGAUGAAGCUGCUCCAAAUAAUGCACAAAAUGAAUCUAGUGCUACUAAUCAUGCUGUACAAAAUGGUAUGGAUGUUGACUCCGAAACUAAUCCUACACUUACCACUGGUCCGGAACUGGAGAAAUCCUCAAAAAUUAGUGAGAUGGAUAGGGCGAUGAUUCCAGAGAUACAAAUCAAAACUGAACCUUUAGAUACAGAAGAUGAAGAUGAUUGCAACGUGGAUGUAGAGUCAGUAAAUAGUGGAGAACUACUAAUCAACCCAAUGGCAGUGGCAGCCAAUAAUGUGAACACUGACAGAAUAAUGGAAGCAGAUUCUACACAAAAAUUUGGCGCAAGAAGGUUUGCAACAAGAAAGAAAUAUCGACGUGGACCUCAUACACACUUUAGAGGAGCCAAGCUAUUCAAGAAAAAAUGUGUGCAUUGUAAAAUUUACUUGCAUUCAAAACACUCAUUCAUGCAACAUAUGUCUCGAUACCAUGGCAUUGUCAAUAGUUUAGGAUCAAAUGAAACCGUCAAAGUUGUUAAUCAACCAUCAGUGAACAAGCAAAAAUCAAAACUCUCUGAGCAUCCCGAUAACGUGGAACUUUUGGCAGAGAUUCAGCAAGAAAGUAAUCCUGAAGACGCGGAAUUUGAGCAGAUGAUAAAAACUGAUCCUCUAACACCAAUUCAAAAGAACAUUAUUGGCCAGUUGAAAACUUUCUCUUGCUACUCGUGCAAACAAACUUUCUUUGAUAGAAGACACACUUUAAAUCAUAUCAGACAGCAUAUGCCAGAUUUACGUCCAUACACUUGCAUUGCUUGCCUUACUGAGUUCUCUGACAGAUCAAUGUACAAACUUCAUUGCGGUGCAUCUUUUGAAUGUGCUAUGAAAAUUGCUCUUGUAGUGCCUAAAGGAGGCAAUGAAAAGUACUUUACAUGUAACAUGUGUCUUCGACCUUUUGCUAAUCGAAGUGAAUUGUUAACGCACUUAGCCAUGCAUGCUGAUAAGCAACACAAGCAGCUAGCCCAACAACCUGUGAGGUCGCCGCCAAAGUCAAAUCCUAUUGCGUCGCCUUCACUAGCUCCUACAGCGGAGUCUUCGCCUUCAAAACGUUCCAUUACUAACAAAAUUGCAGGACCAUACAUGAAUGGUGAUCCAGCCCACAAUCACACAUGUGACCUGUGUGGUAUGAUCUACAGGUACAAGCCUAACAUGUUCAAGCAUCGCGAACUAUGCUCUUCUCUGGCAGAAAAUAUUCGCACAUCCUACAGAUGUGCUCACUGUAGCAUGACCUACCUUGUGUACAAAAAGUUCUAUUCGCACGUGUUCAGCGAUCACAAGAAGCGUGAGAUCACUUGCUUUACAUGCCACGAAAGAUUCCCCACAGCCGAUGAAUAUCUCACACAUCACGAGACGCAUCGCGUUUUUUCAAAGGACAAAGAAACGGCCAAUGAAGUCGCGAGUGAGCAGCAACAGCAACAACAGGAGAACGACAGCCCGAAGUUGAGCGACACGAAAGCUUCCGAGGAUCCUUUGAAUGCCAUUGAAAAGCCAUUUAAUUGCGCUCUUUGUAGCGAAAGAUUCGCUACAAAACUUGAACUCACGGAGCAUCGCAAUCUCCACCUUAAGGUAAAGAUCUACUCGUGCGUCAUAUGUCGUAGCAUGUUUAGCAGCUCCGGAGCUCUUGAGAUUCACAUGAAGGAGCACGGUAUUGAUGACGCGGUCGAGCAGAACGCCAAUAGCUCAUGCAUCGAGUACAACUCGCAGAGCAGUAUGAAUGAGUCUUCUAUGUCGGCUACGUCUGAUCCAGGAGGAAAAUUCCAUCAUUGUUACCCGUGCGGUAAAAACUUUUCUAACUAUGCGAAUCUGAAAAGACACGAGAGGAAUUUGCAUAUUAAGAACAUGAAGCGCCGCUGGAGCUGCGACGUUUGUAAGCGACGUUUCAAGUCAUCCCAAGCUCACGACGAGCAUGUAUUGUCGACUCACGGAAUGCAUCCAUCUCAAUUACAGCGUCAGUCGCAAACGCCACCACAGGUCGUACCGACACCCCAGUUUUCUGCUGCCACUGGCAAACCCUUGAUGCAGUGUCCGAAGUGCCCGAAGACCUUUACCUACCAAGGAAAUCUCAUUCUUCAUUGUCAAAAUGUCCACAAAGAGAGUCCUUACGAACGUCCGCAAUCCAGUGCUAUGCGACAGUCAGCUCCACCGGCUCCCCGCCGUGCAUUACCUAUCGUAACAGCGCGUGGUUACGCUUGUGACAUCUGCGGUAAAAGCUUCCGCGAGGAACAGUCUCUUAAGACUCAUCGUGGUUGGCAUUUGCGUUCCAACUACCGAUUGAAAGUCGACCAAAACGCUAGUCUCAACGAGAAGGCUAUGAGUUCUCCUGGCUACACGAUGACUUCGGCUAUACCAAAGCCAGCCAAGGCUAGAAAGUCUUUUCCCAACAAUCCAUCUCAGAAGCAGCUGAGUGCCCUCGCGAGUUUGCAAUGCCAGGUUUGUGACGACCGCUUUGCUGACGUGGAGAUGCUGAGGAAACAUCUUUGGGACGUGCACUGUGCUCGCAAUAAACCCGAGAAAACCUUCACUACAGAUCUGCAGUGCGAACUCUGCACUAACAAGUUCCCAGACGAAGAAGAAUUAGAGAAUCAUAUGAAGUGGCAUGCUCAGAAUCCCAUACUCGGUGGACCGAUAAAUAAUAGAGUUCCAGUUUCUGAAGUCCCUAAAAAGACUUUUUGUUGCGACGUUUGCGGUAAGUACUACAGCAAUCGUAAGCUCUUCUUGCGUCAUAAAAAACUACACAAGGUCUUACCUGCUAGCACCAUGAUGAACUUGCAUUCACUGCAAACUCGACGUCAUUACUGUCACGCUUGCCAAAAGAGCUUCGCCACCGAAGCUUCACUCCGGCGACACAAGGCUUCGCCUUGUCAUCAGAGCGCAACGCGUUCACAGAUGCAAGCAUCAAAGAAAAUAACGACGACAGCACUGGUGCAUCAUCCACCGCCGGAUCCUAUGCCUGAAAUCAAAGACGAGCCUCCCGAGAUGGAUUACUCCAAUCUACCAACACAUGGCGCUCAUGGGCAACUUUUAAAGAAAAGACCGGUUACUUGCCACAUUUGCAAUAUGAUAUUCCCGAAUAUGAGUGUACUCUACCAGCACAAGCAGCUUGCGCACAAGCAAUCCGCUGUUUCCAGUAAAAGUCCGGCCCCGCAGCAGAAGGAUUGCGUACCGGUCGCCAGCAACCAAGGUCUCGUCGCCUGUAACCUAUGUGGCAAACAAUUCCCUGGAAUUUCGAAUCUGAAGCAGCACUUCGCCCAUAAGCACAAGACCAAGGGAGCCUCGUUCCCGUGCUAUGCGCCCGGUUGCAAGCUAGUUUUCAGCAGCCUUAGUUCGUUGAAGAACCACGAAACGACGCAUUCGAGCAUGAUAUUCAACUGUCUGUUGUGCGACCGACACGUGUUCUCCAGGGCCGCAAUGACCAAGCAUAUGCUAGCCAUGCACAAGCCCAUCUACCAAUCAGGGGCAGACAAGAGUACUCUCUGGACUGAGACGGAUCUGACGAAUUAUACUAUAAAGAACUGUCAGAGCACAGCUUGUCCCAAGUGCAAAGUUAAGUAUCCUAAUUUGCGAGCACUAAAGAUUCACUAUCUCAAAUUCCACGAUAACAAGGCGCAGUGAGAGAAAACUAUUGUGAGAUAAGAAUAUCUUCCGAGUUAGAUUCAUAGAGGAACCCAUACAGGCACGUUGUGUCAGGUUCAUGGAGCUUGACGAUGUCAGACUUUCAAGCAUUCGAGACUAUUUUUUUAGAAUGGGUGACAUUUUCUUUGAAUUUAUUUUAUUUCGUAUACAGAUAAUAUGAACUCUAAUGUAAUUUACUUCGCAAAAAAGUAGAAAUAUUUUCAAAUGAUAUAAGAUAAUGUUUUAAAAAGCACUAAAAUCUAAUGCAUCUUCAUCGAUGCAAACACGAAGUAUAAAUCAAGUCCAUUAUUUUUAAGUUUAACCGGUUUGUGUAGAGGAAUAAUAUAGUUUAUAAUAAUAGCUUUUGUCGCAUCACAAGGUAAUAAAUCUGAUCUUCAUGAAUUUCACCAAAAUAGUCUGUACUUGUCAUUACAUUGUCACUUUUUUAAUAAAAAAUUAUUUAUGUAGGAAUUUAUAACAAAAUUUAUGACAUUGGACAAAAUUUGAGUAUUUUUAUGUUAAUUUCGGCUUGACUCGUGAAUAAAAAAAAACACUUUUUAUAUAAGAAAACGAAAGAAAAAAUAAGUAUUGCAUAUACUGAAUAGAUUACGUUCUCUACCGUGCGAUAUUAGUAGCGCAAGUUUAUGUAAAUAGAACGUAAAAAAAUAGUUCAAGCACUAAUUUUAACCUUUUAGAAUAAUAUUCCGAAUGCGUCGCCUAGUUUUACGAAUAUUCACUAUAAUCUUUCAUUCAUUUUAAAACUUUUGUUUUACAUAGUGUCUUUCAGUAAUUAUGUGUAGAUUCGUUACAUUUAAAUUAAGAGAAAUCAAGCAUUUGAAUAAAUUAAAAGGAAAUCGUGUGUUAAUUGUCUAAGGUGAACUUUUUUAUAAGAAAAAUGUGUAGUUAUUAAAAAAAAAAUCAGAUCUUCCGUUGACAUGACAAGCUUUAUGAUGAAUAUGAAUAUAUGAUUUUUAUUAUACGGGAAUGUUAAAGUCCGCAAAUGUUGUAGACAAUUAUGAAAAUUAUUUGUACAAAAUCUACAAUAAUAUCUGAAAGAUAUCGUUAACGGAAGCAAAUAUUUAUUUAUUGUAAAAAAGAAACUUGUGAAAAUAAUACGAAUUCACUGCGGAUCUUCGUGGCUGUAGUAAGAUGAUGACUGCAGUAGCGAUUGAGAAAUAAAUGUAAACUGUCAAGCCAGUAAUCCCCAAUUUCCAACACUGUUAAUAAUCCGUGAAAAAAGUAUACAUAAAAAAUGUAUAGCAGUAAAAUCAACGAAAACAUUUCUAUAUUUUCAUUCUCUUAAAUGUGGCGCAAAUUUAGCCUUGAUCUUAAAGUUCGUAUUACAUUUUGUAAGAUGUAACGUUUAAUUAAGAAAUAAAAUGAUAACAUUGACAUAUGA